CCGUGUUUAGAUCUGACAAGGACGUACUAUAACUUGGCUUUGCUGUUUGAUAUCGGAAAGUAGAGAUGGCCCGACUCCUACGGACUAGUCUGAGAAGUUACUUCACUUCUCAGGUUCGCCUGGGAUCUGACCAGCUGGGUGAACUGGGUAAAGGAGCCGGUAAAGGCGGCGGCGGUGGCGGUUCGGUUAGAGAAUCUGGAGGAGCGUUUGGCAAGAGGGAAGCAGCGGAAGAGGAACGCUAUUUUAGGCAGAAGGAGAGGGAGCAGUUGGCGGCUUUGAGGAAACAUCAUGAGGAGGAGAUUGAUCAUCAUAAGAAGGAGAUCGAACGUCUGCAGCGCGAGAUUGACCGCCACAAAGGCAAAAUCAGGAAACUCAAACACGACGACUGAAACUCUCACCGCGCGCUCACGGCUCCCUCCGCGGCUGUGUCGCACCCGUUCAACUAACGCCAUUCUUCACCUGUUGCCUGCUGUGUGGCCCAGGCUGAUCUCUGAGUGUCACUGUGUUCAUGUCUUAGGCAUAGUCAAAUCCUAAAUAAACUAUGACGCUGGUUUUGCAAAAA